CACACACACACACACACACACAAACACACACACACACACGUCCAGGAGUUAGUCAGGAGUACAGUGAAGGUUGAGAGUGAUGACGGCGGCGAGUGCGACCCCGAGCGCAGACAACCAGAACAGCAGCAGGGACGAGAGGAAGCUGAGGAAACCUCUGAUAGAGAGGAAGAGGAGAGAGAGGAUUAAUCACUGCCUGGAGCAGCUCAGAGAGACGAUGGUGGGAGUCUUCGGGCUCGACCAGUCGAAGUUGGAGAAAGCUGAUAUUCUGGAGAUGACAGUUAAACAUCUACAGGAGAUCCAGAGUAGUAAGAUAGCAGGUGAGGGACAGACAGAGCCGAUUCUGGACCCGGAGGCGCAGCAGCGUUACAGCACCGGCUACAUCCAGUGCAUGCAUGAAGUCCACACGCUGCUGCUGUCCUGCGACUGGAUGGACAAAACACUCGGCGCUCGUCUUCUCAACCACCUGCUCCGCUCGCUGCCCAAAUCUGCCCCGUCCAAACCUGAGCCUGAAACACGCCCAAUCCAUCACCAUGAAUCUUCAUCACCACCCCAGGAGGCUCUGCCCACUCAAACUAACCACCACACCAUACUGACCACACCACCUCCCACCAAGAGCCCACAUCUGUCAGCUCUGCAAACAUGGAGGCCUUGGUAGAACAUGUGUGU